UUCAUCCGGAUGGGACCGGAAACAUGGCUUUUAACUUUGGCGGCGGGUCUGGCACUGCGAGCACUCCAGGCUUCUCAUUUAAAACACCUUCAUCCAACUCAUUUGGUUUCGGUGCUUCAACAACAACCACCGCAAACAAUUCAACAGGAUUCGGUCUUUCUGGCACUGGGUUUGGAGCCACAACCACAACAGCACCAUCCACAGGAUUUGGAUUUGGAUCAAGUACCACUGGUGCGUUUGGAGGUUUCGGCUCCACAUCAACCUCUGCCAAUGCUGGAACCACCUUCAGUUUCUCCACACCAUCAAACACAGGGUCUCUUGGCGGCAGUCUAUUUGGAAACACUCAGAAUAAAGGCUUUGGCUUUUCUUCUGGUCUGGGUUCGAGCACUGUGCCAGGAACCGGCUUUGGCAGCAGUCUGGGUGGAACUGGACUGAACUUUGGAGGGUUUGGUGGAAUCCAGCCCACCCAGAACCAGCAGGGCGGCCUGUUUAACCAGCAGGUCUCUCAGUCCAGUCAGCUGAUCAACACGGCGAGCGCUCUGUCUGCUCCAUCUGUUCUGGGCGAUGAGCGUGACUCUAUUCUGGCCAAGUGGAAUCAGCUGCAGGCAUUCUGGGGGACGGGGAAAGGAUACUUCAACAGCAGCACACCUCCGGUAGAGUUCAGUCUGGAGAACCCCUUCUGCCGCUUCAAGGCGGUGGGCUACAGCUGUGUUCCUGCAGUGAGGGAUGAGGACGGUUUAGUGGCUUUGGCUCUCAAUAAGAAGGAAGCUGACGUUCGUUCUCAACAGCAGCAGCUCGUCGAGUCUUUACAUAAAGUUCUGGGUGGAAAUCAAAUGCUCACUGUAAAUGUGGAGGGAGUGCGAGCGUUACCGGAUGACCAGACGGAGGUGAUUGUAUAUCUGGUUGAACGGUCUCCUAACGGCACGUCCAAGCGUGUUCCAGCGUCCACUCUGUUUAAUUUCAUGGAGCAGAUGAACAUUAAAUCUCAACUCCAGCAGCUCGGCGUCUUCAUGACUGUCAGUAGAACCGCACUGACACAAACACAACUCAAACAACUGCUACACAACCCACCCGCAGGUGUUGACCCCAUCAUCUGGGAACAGGCCAGAGUGGACAAUCCCGACCCAGACAAGUUGAUUCCGGUGCCGAUGGUGGGAUUUAAAGAGUUACUGCGACGACUAAAGAUUCAAGACCAGAUGAACAAACAACACCAGACCAGAGUCGAUAUCAUCUCGAAUGACAUCAGCGAGCUGCAGAGGAAUCAGGCCACGACAGCCGCUAAAAUCACACAGUACAAACGCAAACUCAUGGAGCAAUCGCACAGAGUCCUGCAGGCUAUACAAUGCUUGAAGAUUUCAUACAAAGAUGUACACUACAGUCUUCAAAGACAAAGAACAACUGACUCUAACAAGGACAGAAAGAGAUGUAGAAGACCAGAUGUACAACUAAACAAGAGGAUAAGUACAUCAGAGUCUCUAGAUUUUUUGAUGAGAACUCUUUGAAGUAGUUUAAGAAGUUCUGAACAUUUUUUUCAAAUUAUAAUAGUAAUUUUUCACAUUAUUAAUGUCUUGACUAUACACUGUGAUCAGUUGAAUGCCACUUUGGUCAAUAAAAGUACCAAUAUCCUUCUGAAACAGCAAAAUCUGUACAUUAUUCCAAACUUUUGGCCGCCAGUGUAUCUAUAUUCAUCAUUUUGAAAAUAAAAUGUAAUUAAACUGUCGAAUAUGGAAUUCAUGACCGUCCAGUAACCAUAAAUAUCAUGACCUCUUGUGUGUUUUUGCUUAAAUAUUACACCGAUGGGUGAAUAAAACAUCCUGGAAAAUUGUGCUUUGAAAAGAGUGAGAACCCUGAUCAUUUAUUCAGACACAAAAUUCACUGGUUUCCCAGCUAUAUGUGAUGUAAUCAUGUAGUGACUUAUAUUUUGUAUUGUUGUUCUUGGCAGAUACUUUUAACAAAUACUUAAACUGGUAAUUAUUAAUUAUUAAAGAAUAGUUUACCCCAAAAUAACUAUUUUGUCAUGAUUACUUGACCUCACAGAAGUGAGAAAUUCAAAUGGAACACAAAAACAGUUGUUUGUGUCAGUCACCAUUCACUUUCAUUCAUCUUUUACCUAAACAAUGAAAGUGAAUGGUGACUGAGACGAACAUUCUGCCUAACAUCUGUUUUUGUGUCCAUGGAUAAAAGAAAAUCAUACGGGUUUGCAAAACUUUAGGUGAGUAAUAGGUGAUUAGGGAGUAAGUUAUGACAGUAUAUUCAUUUGUGGGUCCCAUUAAGAGUUCAAGUCAAUGCUCACUACAUUAAAGUUGACAAAAUGCACUGAAAAUUAACAGAUGGAAUCCUAACGGAUUUAGCAGUAUGGUCUCCUUUAUGUUUAUGGAAAAUAGAUAAUGUAUUAAAGAUAAUGAUAUUUUAAAUAUGUAUGUACAUAAUAUUUAUAUUAGAUAAAUCGGUACAUAGGCCUUCUUAUAUUAUUAAAUUGAAUGAUUCACAAGGCAGAGAAAUACCUAUAAAAGUCAGAUGGAGAUUACAGAUUUUGCUUUUCAUUAAAGGUACUGUAAUAUAAGCCAAAAGGAGCACUGUUAAAACUGUUUGACCUGUGUG